GUUUCCUCCGCCCCACAGAAAAAUCUCUCGGAGGCCUUAUUAAGAACCACUGGAGAGUAGACCAUCCUCACCCGCAGUUCCACACUCACUCAAUCUAGCUCUCUCCAACAAUGGCUGCUUCGCUCACAAUCUCACGACUCCUCUCACCAGCCCCUAUUUCCCUCUCUACCGCCACCACCUCUAGAACCGCUACCACAUCCCUUGCUUCCAAGUUCUCCCUUGCCUCUGUUCCCCUUAAGCUCCACCGUCGCUCAAGACCCACUUCUCUCCCCUUCUCCACAAGAACCACCCCCAUUUCGGCCAUAUUAUCUGUCGGCCAAAAGCUCCCGGACGCAACCCUCUCCUACUUCGAUUCCGCUGGUGAGCUCCAGACUACAACAAUUUCCGCUCUCACCUCCGGCAAGAAAGCCAUCCUUUUCGCUGUCCCUGGCGCUUUCACCCCCACUUGCUCGCAGAAGCAUCUUCCCGGGUUCGUUGAGAAAGCCGGUGAACUCAAAGCCAAAGGUGUUGAUACCCUUGCCUGCAUUUCCGUCAACGAUGCUUUCGUGAUGAGGGCGUGGAAAGAGAAGCUUGGGUUCAAAGAUGAGGUGCUCUUGUUGUCUGAUGGAAAUGGGGAAUUUACGAGAAAGCUUGGGUUCGAGUUGGAUUUGAGCGAUAACCCCGUCGGGCUGGGAAAAAGGUCCAGGAGGUAUGCGCUUCUAGCCAAAGAUGGAGUUGUGAAGGUUCUCAAUUUGGAGGAGGGCGGCGCAUUCACCUUCAGUGGGGCUGAAGAUAUGCUCAAGACACUGUAAAUCUUCAGAGUUGAGCUUGUGUAAAAAACAAGUUCCAAAUUGGUGGUUCGAGCUUGGCUUGAUAUACAAUCAACUUCAAGGUGAAAUAAAACUUUUUGACAAGAUCAAAUUAUUUGUAAAUAGUUUUUGAUUUGUGGGUUACAAUAGAGGUUGUUUCUAUCAGUUUGAGUGUGGAGAUCUGCUGAUUUAGUUUACCCUAUAGAACUGAGGUGAUGAUGUUGCAUGGUGAUGGUAGUCAGUCAGUCACCUGCUCUUAAUUAGCAGUUCUCAACUUCUCAUGCUUGUUAGCUGAAGCAGAGAUGUCUAGUGCCUAAAACAUAAAGGAAUUGACUGGGAGAUUGGGAAGUAAGGAAUGCUUGAGGUCAAAGUCUUUCUGCUUAGUAAAGUCUCUAGUAGUUCUAAUAAGAGCAUAGUCGGUCU